AUGGAUUCCACCACCAUCAAGCAUAGAACCUCCAACGAGACCUACACUUUCAACACCCCGGCUGCCGACUCAUCCAUCGAGCUCUUGAACGAGUUCUACUGGACCAAGGACACCGAGCCCCAUGUGACCCGAAGAAAGUUGAUUUUGGCCAAGUACCCCGAGGUUACCAAGUUGACAGGCCACGAGCCGUCCUCCAAGUGGUACGCCAGUGGUGUGGUGCUUUUGCAGUUUGCCGUAGCGUACUACCUCAGAAAUACUCCCGUUUUCAGUGCUAAGUUCAUCGCAUUGGCAUAUGUGAUUGGUGCCACCGCCAACCAGGCGCUCUUCUUGGCCAUCCACGAGUUGUCCCACAACCUCUUCUUCAGAAAGCCGUUCCACAACAAGAUCUUUGCUAUUUUCGCCAACUUGCCCAUUGGCAUUCCCUACUCAGCCUCGUUCCAACCCUACCACCAAUUGCACCACAAGUUCUUGGGCGACGAGUACUUGGACACCGACUUGCCCACGCGUGUGGAGGGCUUAUUCCUCAGUAACGUGUUUGGUAAGGUGUUUUUUGCCUGUUGCCAGAUUUUCUUUUACGCCUUGAGGCCCAUGUUCAUCACCCAGAUCAAGUUCACCUACAUCCAUCUUUUGAACAUUGCUGUCCAGGUGGCUGUAGACUAUCUCAUGGUCUCCAGCUGGGGCUGGCACACGUUGUCGUACUUCAUCAUGAGCUCGUUUUUGGCGGGGUCGUUGCAUCCCUGUGCUGGCCACUUCAUUGCGGAACACUACGUGUUGAACGAGAACAACAAGCCCAGAAAUGCCAACAUCGUGGAGGGCUCCAAUAUUGGCAAGCUUCCCGAAGAAACCUACUCCUACUAUGGCUCGUUAAACAAAUUGACCUGGAAUGUGGGUUACCACAACGAGCACCACGACUUCCCAUACAUUGCGUGGUCCAAGCUCCCCCAGUUGCGGAAAAUAGCAGCUGAGUUCUACGAUCCGUUGCCCCAGGUUAAUUCGUGGUGUGGUGUCAUUUGGUGGUUUUGCUUCAACGAUAUCAACACAUUGUGGAACCGAGUCAAGAGAGUGGGUAAGCAAAAGCACGGCCAUAAGGUCACCCAGAGAUUGGACAUGAACUAG